CACUGUGUUGAUUAGGGGCCGCCGUUUCCUAACUAAUGAUGCCAAGAAAAGAUCGCAGCGGUGGUCUUUCUACUGAGAUCACGUUUCCACCGUUUGUCCUCCACCGACUACAGAUAGCGGAGAUGUUUUAUCAACAUCAACAUUCAGGAGAAGUUGAUUUAUAUUCCCUGUCAUGACUGCAUCUUUGUGAGUUAAGCCGGAGGUGUUUGGAAAGGGAUCAGCACCUCUGCGCUUGAAUGGCUUCAGCUUAGUGUGGUUUUAAAAUCUAUUUAGAGAUGCAGAUAUACAUGUCUGCAUAUAAAAUGAUCAGCGAAGAGUUGUGGUAAGGCAACAACUACAUCCGGCGCCACAAUUUUCUGUAGAGAUGUCAGCAUUCGGGCUAAGUUUAGAUGGAUACAAUACGGAUGGCUCGGAUGUAUCUUCCACUCCAGAUCUGGAUCUCCCGCAUGACAUUUCAGUCCUGAGGGACUCCCCUACACCUUUUCUCUGCAUCACAGAUGACAAUGACGUCACUCAUUCACCGGAUUCUCCUGGCACGCCAAUACAUUUUCUUUCAGAUUUCGAAAUGGAAGUUGAAAUCAACGAUGACACAGAGGCGCGCCAGAGGUUCGAAUCCAGUCUUCCGGAAAAUUGGGUCUUAUGCUCGUCCAAGAGUCACACUGGUCGACUCUACUAUUUCAACUCCGUGACUGGAGAGAGUCGUUGGCAACAUCCCCUGCUACCGGACAUGGACUCUCCGGAAAAGACAUCUAAUUCCACCUCAGGUUUCGUGGUGACCGAUUUUAUAAUGCCAGCUCGCGAUAAGCCAGUUUCACAUUCGCCUUCGGAUCCUCCUUUGUGUGAAAACUGUAGAAAGUUAGAACUUACCUUUUUUGAUCCAAACUGUCCUGGCUGCCAAGACAUUCUUCUAGAUCCAAAGACAACCAUCUCAGAGAUUUUUGCGAUAAUGAGGCAAUGGGUGCCACAGGUUCAACAAAACAUUGAAAUGCUUGUCAAAGAGGUGUUAAGGAGAGGUGCCCAUGUAGAUGAUCGGGAUGGCCUGACAGAUAUGACCUUACUUCACUAUGCCUGCAAGGCUGGGGCAGUUGGUGUUGGUGAUGUUGCUGCUGCAAGCAUUGUUGUUAGUUCUUUGAUUUCACAGAAUGAGAUUCCAGCUACUUUGGCAUCUAUGGGACUGAAGAUUGGAGAUCAGGUUUGCAUCGGGGGAAAUAAGUUUGGAACCCUUCGCUUCUGUGGUCCAACUGACUUUGCCUCAGGGGAGUGGGCAGGCAUGGAGCUUGACACUCCCAUUGGAAAAAAUGAUGGUUCUGUUGGAGGUGUUGUAUACUUUCAAUGCCCACCUAAACAUGGCAUUUUUGCACCUCUGUCCAAGAUCACUAAAGCAGACUCCAUACAAAAGCAGCAGACUCCGUCCAAUUCUCGUAUUGCUCAGGCCCAGGUCUCUCAGUCCAGUUCACGGGCAUCAUCAAGGUCCAACUCAAGACCUAACUCAAGACCAAGUUCCCGCUCCAACUCGCCAGCUCCUUCUUCUCGAGUGAAUGGAACUGAUGAAUCGCUUGGUUUUCAGAUAGGUGAUAAUGUGAUGGUGGCCGGCCAGAAAAACGGAGUUGUAAGGUUCAUUGGAAGAACACAGUUCGCUUCAGGCAUGUGGCUUGGUAUUGAGUUGGACCAACCUGUGGGAAAAAACGAUGGCUCAGUAGCUGGAGUCAGAUACUUCGACUGUAAACCAAGUCAUGGCGUCUUCGCUCCUCCAUCAAAAGUCACCAAAGGAGCAGACCAUUCAAACACAGCUGAUCACAAUGGCUUUGCAGUGCCAUCCAUCCCUGUUCUUAAAGGCAAAUUUGGCUCCCAGAAUUCUUUACAAGCCUCUGGAUCUCACGGCUCGCUGAGCGAUCUAUCACAAACCGACUCCAACCCAGACCUCAGUAGCAGCACGCGGAAACUAUCGAACCAGUCUAUCACGGAUCAACAAACACCGAGACGAGGCAGCGCGGCGUCAGCUGUAUCUGACAAGUAUGAACUGUCAUUUUGGGGUAUUACCUGACUUAUACUCCCUUUGGGCUGUGAUUUCAUAUUUCGACUUGAAGCAUUGUUUGACCUACUGAUAGCCUUACAAUAGGCCACGUUUGAUGUAUCAAUAUUCUAACAUGGCUUUGAGGAUCUCAGGACAAACGUCUAUAUUUGGUGUUGUUUUCUUUGUAUCAAAGUCUCUU